AUGAACAAAUCUAGAAUUUUAUUGCUCAUAGCGCUAACUCUAGCUCUUGCAGCCAGUGUUGAAAUCAAUAAAAAUCUAGCUUAGGCAGAGUCUUCAGUUUAAUAAGAAGAGGCUUUAAAUGAGGCGAUGGCCUACUAAGCUGGUGGUAGACUUAACCUUAAUUAUCUCUACAGAAUAUGGCAAUAGAGAGUUUUGAAUUACAUAAGAUAUAAUGGUCUUUAUCUAGGAAACAGAUGGGUCAUUCGUGAGGAAGGCACUGGAAGUUAUGAAGCUCUAGUUUUCAGAGAUUAUAGAUCUGGAGGUGACAAGAGAUACGCAAUGUUCAAAAACUUAUAUGUUGACCUUUAUUGA